CACAAACAAAAACAAAGGGAGGCAAAAAGAAUGUGCCCACUGAAUAUGUAUGUUUGGUCUCUCGUUUGGAGGAGUGUGUUCUGCCCUACUUGGCAGCCUCUGGACCAGUUUGAUUAGUCCCCCCCCCCCCACACUAACAUCCUGUCAUUUCCUUUAGCUGCCUGACGAGGAGAUGAACAGCAUAGACGCUAUCAGGGUCAACACAGAUAAAGCACUCAGUAAUUCCGCAGGCCCAAAUUAGCUGUUCUCCUUCGGAAGCUAACACACAUGCCGUCUCCCCCGUGGUCGAGUCCCAUAAACACAUGAGAGGGAAGGAACACAGACAAACCAUGAAAAAGAUAUACAUUGGCAAAACUGCCUUAAAAGUCCCCCGAAAUGGCGGCAAACACCCAAAGAAGAGCUCGUUGCUGGAGCAGAAGGAGGACCUGCGGAAGAGACUUUCCUACACAACGCACAAGCUGGAGCUGCUGCAGAGCGAGUUCGACUCCACGCGGCAGUACUUGGAGACGGAGCUGCGCAGAGCACAGGAGGAGCUGGACAAGUUCACAGACAAACUGCGCAGAAUACAAAGCAGCUACUCAGCACUGCAAAGGAUCAAUCAAGAUCUGGAGGAAAAGAUCCACAGAAAUUCCCAGCACCACGAUGAUGAAAAACGAGCUCUCAGCAGAGAGAUCAUCGUCCUCAAUAAUCACCUGAUGGAGGCAAAGCUCACCAUCGAGAAGCUACAAGAAGACAAUGACUUGUACAGAAAGGACUGCAAUUUGGCUGCUCAGCUGCUGCAGUGCAACAAGUCUCUUUACAGGGCCCAGCUCUCUGAGCUGCCGGCUGAUUUUCAGGAGCGGCUGACCAUGCACCUGGAGGACUCUCCUCUCUGUCACUCCUACCCGGACUCCGUCCCGGCGUCCCUCAUCGCCAACGUGCUGGAGAAGCCCGACGAGGCGUGCAGCAGCAGCCAGGCCUCCCGCUCCCCGAGCCCCCAGACCCAGGACCAGGCUUUCAUCCUGGAGAGGCUGGGCCCCGGAGAGCGCCUGCGUCUGCGCGCGGCCUUCAAAUCCGACCUGUACAGCAGCGACACGGCCCUGUACUGCCCGGACGAGCGCCACCGCGAGCGGCGGCCCAGCGUGGAUCUCCACGGCCAGCGGAAGCUGCUGUACGGGCCCCAGAACUCCGCCGACAGCACCCCGGAGGAGGAGGAGGAGGGGGGCUCGGUGGGGCUGAGGGCCGGCUUCUCCCGGGAGCGCUUCCCCGAGUUCCCGGCCGCCCUGGGCGGCGGCUCCAGCUCCUACUCCAGCUUCAGCGGGGCCGGGUCCGAGGACAAAGGCAACGGGCCGCCCAGCAGCGCCGCUUCCUCCCCGCGCCACCACUCCCUCUACAUGGACUGGAGGGACGCGGGGGACUACGAGAGGAAGAGCGACUCGUCCUGGGAGAGGGACAGUCCGAGGGGGUUCGGCAACGCUCACCCCUUCCAGCAGACGGAGCUGAGCCACCACCAGAACGGCAGCUCGCCGGUCUACAGCCGCACCAUGUCCUCCUGUUUCAGCGAGCCCUACGAGCCCCUCCCGCCGUCCUCCUCCCCCAGCGUCGCCUACGGAGACAGUCGCCGCGGCAGCACGCUGGCCCCGGAGGAGGAGGAGCUGAUAGGCCGAUGGAGGCAGCUGAGCGUGGAGGACUUGAGCGCGCACAGCUACCGGAGCCCCGGCCGGGCCUCGCCCUACAGCUUCUCCGAGCAGCACUUCUCCGUCCGCCCCGCCAAGAUCCGCCUCGGCCCGCUCUACAGCAGCUUCCAGGAGGGCGCCGACUACUACCAACCCGGAGCCGGCGCCCUGGACCCGGUCUGGGGGGGCGCCGCCAGCCCCGGCCCCGGCCCCCCAGACCGCGGCGGCCCCGACCGUUUGCACCAGGCCCACAGCCAGGCCCGCCUGUACCGGGCCGAGGACGGCCAGGGCUCGGAGCACAGCCUCUACCACUCGGGGAGCUCCAAAGACCGGGAGGGCAACGCGGCCGCCGCGGCCGCCGCCGCCGGGGGGCAGGGCGCGGAUUACGGAGACCCCAGCCCAAACAGCUCCACCGAGUCCCUCAACCAGAGGACCCUGGAGAUGGCCGCGGAGCUGCAGCACUACCAGGUGGAGAUGCACAACAUGCCCGCCCAGGGGGGCCAGUCCCCGCCGCCGCCGGCCCCGCCGCCCCCUCCCCCCUACAGCCAGAAGUUUGGCUCUCUGGGACUCUCCAGGAAGGACAGUCUCACCAAGGCCCAACUGUACGGGACGCUUCUUAACUGA